AUGCAAUGGCUCCGACCGGACCGGAUCCUGUUGCCGGAAGGGGUCCCCGACAUUUGGGGCUUCGACGUCUACGGCACUCUGGUCGACUGGGAAGGUGGCAUCCUGGCCGCCUUCCAGCCCAGUCUCGACAAAGCCAACGCCCAUUUCACCCGCGAACACCUUCUCACCGUGUACCACCAAUUAGAGCACGCGCAACAAGCACAGACGCCCGACAUGCCGUACUCACAACUCCUCACCACUAUUCAUCCUCAGUGGACAGAGCGUCUCGGUCUGCCUCGGCCGUCAGAAGAGGAAAGCCGCCAGUUCGGAGAAUCCAUCGGCAACUGGCCCGCUUUCCCGGAUACCGUCGACGCAUUAAAGCGACUGGCCCAGAAGUACAAGCUGGUGGUGCUGUCCAAUGUCGAUCGCGCUUCUUUUGCCAAGACCAAUGCUGGUAGCUUGCAAGGCUUCCCCUUUGAUCUCAUCAUCACCGCACAAGAUGUGGGCUCCUACAAGCCCGAUCUCCGGAACUUUGAAUACCUGCUCAAGGCAGUCAAGGAGAAAUUCGACGUCGAACCGGCGCAGGUGCUGCAGACCGCGCAGAGCCAGUUUCAUGACCACCACCCGGCGCGCAAGAUGGGGUUGAAGUCCGUGUGGAUUGAGCGGCCGGGGGCAACAAUGGGGAAUCUGUCGGAGACGAUCUAUGACUGGCGGUUUGAUACCUUGGGGGAGAUGGCUGAUGCGGUUGAUAAGGGACUGUAG